AUGCCUACUUUAAUGCUCUCCAGUAGCAAGACAUUUACCAAUGAAAAACCUCCACUAAUUCAUCCAAAUGAUCAGCUUGAGCGUCAAUUAAAGCAAGAAGGAUCAAUUGAAGCAGCCUAUCAAUUGGCGCCGACCACAGAGUACACACAUGAUGCGCAAGGAAAGUGCUUUAACUGUGACAAGAUUGCCAACUACUAUCUCGCUGCACUUCGAUUGAACAAGAGUAAGCAGCCAAUGCAGUUGAACGCAUUGUUAUUGGCUGUUGUCCAGCAAACCAUUGCAUUGAUACAGUGUCAUGUUGAUAUCUCCAGAGCAACACAUUUGCCAUGGCUACCUGUGCUGAUGACUGAACUUCGUGAAUUGGGUAAAUUAGUCAAGGAUGACAGCACACAGGCAGACAGAUACAUCCCCUUAUCGUUACCUGUGAAUGUAAGUACCCGUUGCCAACAAGCACUCUCCAUGCGCGAGGAAUAUGGCCGCACUAUCCGCAUAUCCAUCUACCACUGCCGUGCCAAUCUGUGCGAAGAUAUGGAUUUAAAUAAGUCAAUCACCUAUUACCGUAAAUGUCUGGCUGUGCAUCCAACUCAUUUGGACUUCCAACAGCAAAAACUCCAACACUCUGCCAAGAUAGCUCUUGAGCAUUUAAUUGCCGAUCAGCUCAAGGACGACAGUAGCACGAUAAGACCCAAACUACCAUCCAGAACAUCCUCUGUUUCCAGCGGUGCAUCAUCGUCAUGCUCCAUGUCGUGCUCUAACUGUGGUGUUGAGAAAAGGGGGAUGCCAGUGUGUUCCAAAUGCAAAUCACAAUACUAUUGCGGUAUUCGCUGUCUCAAGGCCCACAAGCCAGUGCAUGAUUUGGAAUGUCGCCAAUACUAA